CCUUUUCUCUUCAUUUGGUUGUUUCCUCCUCAUAUUUUCCGCUCUGAUCAGGUUUCCGACGUCGGAACCUUGAUCCAGCAGCCAUGGCUGCCGCUAAUGCUCCCAUCACCAUGAAGGAAACUUUGACGUUGCCGAGCAUCGGGAUUAAUCCGGAGUUCAUAAAUUUCACGCACGUUACUAUGGAGUCAGACAAAAACAUUUGCAUCAGGGAAACGGCGCCAGAGAACAGCGUCGUCAUCAUCGACAUGAACUUGCCCAUGCAGCCUUUGAGGCGGCCUAUGACGGCUGAUUCCGCUUUGAUGAAUCCUAACUCCAGAAUUCUGGCUUUGAAAGCUCAAAUUCCGGGAACCACUCAGGAUCUUUUGCAAAUAUUUAACAUUGAAACGAAAGCGAAAGUGAAAUCUCAUCAGAUGCCCGAGCAGGUUGUCUUUUGGAAGUGGAUCUCUGCAAAUAAGCUAGGUCUGGUCACACAGACAUCAGUAUAUCACUGGGCAAUUGAAGGCAAGUUUUAUUUGUUUUUCAUUGAAUUCAUCUUUGGCUUUGUUCUCUUUAAACAUUACCAUUUGAAUAAUCUGGAACUUGCUGUUAACCUUGCCAAAAGGGGUAAUCUUCCUGGUACCGAAAAUUUGCGAUUUCAGGAAUUGAUUUCUCAGACAAAGUACAAGGAAGCUGCAGAACUUCUUGCUGAAUUACCUCAGGGGAUUCUCCGUACUCCUGAUACUGUUGCUAAAUUUCAGAAUGGAAAAUCAGUGAUUGAGAGUACUGGCUCAGACUCGCCAAUACCUAGCUCAAAACAGAUCAGCACUGCUAUCCAGACCUUAGAAGAGCUUGUUAGUGGAGAUCCAGCAAACUUCUAUCGCCUUCCAGAUCAGCCAACUAUUAUCAACGCCGCUAAAAUCCUAAGUCACUCGCCAGAUUUAUCUGUAACUCAAAAGAAAUUCUGGACUAACUUCCCUUUUAUAUUCACGGAUUUUUGUAGGCGCUUUGCAGUCAAAUCAGAUGUUAUAGGGAAAGUUGAGUCUGCCCGUAAAACUGUGGAUGAUGAGACUGCAAUUUUGAUCAACAAGAAGGCAAAGUGUUUAUCCAUAAAGCAUGAUCAUGAGGCUCAGACUAAAUGCAUCCAGACCACCCAAGGUGAAAUCCAGCGUCUUGAGUCAGAGUUAUCUAGGCUCCGUGAGCAACUUUCUUCCCAGGAAGAAUCUGCAAAUACCUUAUCUGAUCAAAGGACUCAAGCAUUUGCUGAAUUAAAUUCUCACAUCGAUCAUGUUGUCACUUUACAGCAGACUUCGGAGAGGCUGACAGACUCUGCUGACCAAGCUGAAGAAGAGCUCAUUCUCAUGAGGAUGGAAUGGAGUAAUUGGCGCAGUCAUUUCCCUUAAUCCUUUGGCACAUCCUUUUCAUUGUCUAGAUCAUUUCUGAUUUUUUGCAGCCUAUGGCUAUAGGCCAUAUUAUGAACUUACUUUUGAACUUGUUGAUAUUCUCUUUUCUUGAAAAAUAAUUGUAGCAAGCUCUU